CUAAGUUAUUAUUGCAUUUUCCUUCAAUUGUGCCAGCGUUACGUGUUUGCUCGGGUGAUGCUGUGCUGUGUUGACUGGCUACACUUGACAGCUAGCUAACUUGAAAUUAGCUUCCUUGUUCAGGAUCUAGAGUUUGCGUAUGUGACUGCCGAGAAGAUGUUGAUGGUUUGGCUAUACAUAUGUAUGUACAUGCCUUCCGAUGAGCUUCCUAUAAUACUGUUGAAUUGUGUGACAGGCUGAUGUUAUAACAUUAAGCUGACUUGUCUCUCGGCAGUACGUGGGAAUGUUGACUGUGAUCACGUGAGUUGCAACAGGGAAGUGAACAGUACUGGAAGUAAAUAGUGCAGGAGAGUCCCUCGUUUAAAAUACUAGUGGUUUGCAACCUAAGUCUAUAUGCAACUGGUAGCAAGAUAGUCGAGUUAGACCGACUUUUGUGCUUUCUACUCUGCUCCUAAAGGACGGAGGGAUGGCCCACUAACUUUGGCUUUCUUCAACAUCGGGUUCCAGGAUUACUUUUGUACAUUUUGGUUUCAUUCAAAGAUGACUUUGUCAUUACCCUGGUUUUGCACAUACAUCACGUAGAUCUGGAAAGAGAGGAUUAAUACUGCACUAGGCCAGUGCCGCACAUGGUGUGGGUGAAACUUAAGUCAUGAACCUCCAUCAAGUCCUCACAGGGGCAGUCAAUCCAGGGGACAACUGCUUCUCCGUGGGGAGUGUCAAUAAUGUGCCAUUCACGGCCUAUGCGUCCGGUUGUGACGUGGUGAUCUUGGGAAGUGACUUUGAGCGGCUGCAGAUCAUUCCCGGGGCAAAGCAUGGUAACAUCCAAGUGGGAUGCGUGGACUGCUCCCUGGACGGAGGCCGGAUUGCAGCUUCAUAUGGAGGCAUUGUUUGUGUGUUUGAGCCCGUGGGGCGGACUGAUCCGAAAUCCACGACACCACCGAAGUUGGAGUUCCAGUGGCAGAAAAGUGGCCAAAUAGUUCUCCAGUCAAUAGUGAGGAACCUUGCCUGGCACCCCUCAGGGAGGUAUCUGUUGACAGGCUCCAACAGCCUCCAGUUGUGGUCCAACAGCGCUAGGCCAGGUGCUGACCAUGAGGAGGAAGGGAAGCCCACAGAGCUGACCAUUGACAGCCCUCCGUCUCCAUGGAGGUGCAUCUGGCUCAGCAGGACAGCAUCACCCGUCAAUCUGAUGAAGUUCUCUCCUGAUGGAGAAUUCUUUGCCACAGCUGGACUUGAUGACUGCCUGGUGAAGGUAUGGUACAGCACCAUUAAGUGGCAGUCGGGAGUGUCCAGCCUCUUCACACCCCCGGAGGCGGGCUCAGCCCAUGGAGAGCUGGCCUUCUCCUUCGUCUACCUGGCCCAUCCACGCUCCGUCACUGGCUUCUCCUGGAGGCAGACUAGCAAGUACAUGCCCCGAGGGUCGGUGUGUAGCGUGCUGCUCACCUGCUGUAAGGACAGCGUGUGUCGCCUCUGGGCCGAGACCCUCCUGCCCGACGACAGUCUCCUCUCCAGUCACCAUAACAACCACGCCACCGGUCAACAGGGUGACCCGCCGCGACCGUCUGGGCCCUGCAGGAAGAACGGCUCCGAGGAGGGGUCACAGGGAAGGGCACCGCUGCAGCUCAACCUGCAGGACUCCUAUGGGAUGCCUUCUUUCCAUGGCGUGGCCCAUCCCUCUGUUACAGGCUGCCUGCCCCACCUGAACGGGAGGCACUACAGCCACAAAUCAGGCAGCAACAGCCUUCCCCAUGCCAACGCUCUGUGUCACUUCCACAUCGCAGCCAGCAUCAACCCAGCCACAGAUAUCCCCCUGCUCCCCUCCAUCUCCUCUCUAUGUGGGGGAGACGAUGAGGAACCGGGAGGGCCCUUCACAGUCCACUGGCUGAACAACAAGGAGCUCCACCUCACUCUGGCCAUGGAGGUCUUCCUCCAGCAGCUCCGGGGCAGUCUGGAGAACGAGGCUGAGCCUACACGGGAAGAGCCAGAAGAGGAAGUCAACUCUGAUGAUGCAGACGCUACCUCAACUGAACCCAAGGGGUCUGAAAGGCGGUCCUCGGAGCUGGCGGCAGUGGAGCACCGGGUGGAGGUGUUGCUGGCGGAGUGGAACAAAGGGGCGGACAUGUUGUUCAGCAUCCACCCUAUGGACGGCUCCCUGUUGGUCUGGAACGUGGACUGGCUGGAUGAAUACCAGCCAGCCAUGUACAGACAAGCUCAGGUGUCCUUCGUGUCCCGCAUCCCGGUGGCGUUCCCCACCGGCGACGCCAACACCUUGAGCCGCAGCGUCACCAUGUACGCCUGCAACAAGAACGUGGACCUGGCCGUCCAACACUGCCGGCAGUGGCCGUGCAGAGGCACGCUGCCCCGCUCCACCUCCGCCCUCAUCAGCUACGGCGGUCAGGGCAAGGCGGCGUCCGGCAGCAGCCUCCGCCUCAGCAUCUUCACGCCCAACGUGCUCAUGAUCUCCACGCACGCCGACGGCUCCCUCAACCAGUGGGCGGUGAGCUUCGCCGAGGACUCGGCCUUCUCCACCGUGCUCAGCGUCUCGCACAAGUCGCGCUACUGCGGCCACCGCUUCCACCUCAACGACCUGGCCUGCCACUCGCUGCUGCCGCUGCUGCUCACCACCUCGCACCACAACGCCCUCUGCACGCCCGACGUGGACCGGCUGGCGCCGCCGCCGCCUGGCGCCCGCCCCUCAGGCCUCUCCCGGGCCGCCCCGGCCGGACGGGGCCCGCGCCCCAGCCGGGUGUCCCUGGGCGUGGUCUCCCAGGACCCCAACGCAAUCUACAGUGAGCUGAUCCUGUGGAGGGUGGACCCCGUGGGGCCGCUCUCCUUCUCAGGAGGGGUCUCGGAGCUGGCCCGGAUCAACUCUCUGCAUGCUUCCGCCUUCGCCAACGUGGCUUGGCUCCCGGCGCUCAUCCCCAGCAACUGUUUGGGGGCGUAUUGCAACUCUCCCAGUGCCUGCUUUGUAGCCAGUGACGGUCAUUCACUCAGACUGUACCAGGCUGUUAUUGAAGCCAAGAAACUCCUCAGUGAGCUGUCCAACCCUGACAUAUGUAAAUAUGUUGGGGAGGUGUUUAACAUCAUCAGUCAACAGUCCACAGCCAAACCUGGUUGUGUUAUUGAGCUGGAUGCUAUCACUGACUUUCAGGGGAAGGAGACCCAGCUACUCCAUGUGUUUGAAGAGGACCUCAUUCUGGGCAAUGACGAUGGGAACCAAACUGCCACCGAAUUCCCUGUCACUGCUCAAUCCGACUGUCAAACUGGCUUCUCCGCGCGGUUCUUCCUGGUCGUGGUCGAGUUCACCCAGACAGGCCGCUCCCUUCUCCACAUGUGGCAUCUCCACCUGGCCGCGCGGCCCGUCACCAUGGAAGACACCCCAGAGAAGGUCGCAGCGUCCUCAAAGUCCUCUCCGCCACUCCGCUCCCCGCUGCCCCAGAGGACAAAGGCCUGCACCUCCAGCCUGCAGAGCGCCAGCCGGCUCCACCUCACCACCCACAGGCUGUACAGCCAGGAGAUGCCCCUCCCUGCUGGGGUGGAGGUCAUCACAGUGACCCCCUCGGCAGGUCACUUGAGUGCCUCCUCCUUGCUGCCAGCUGGCCGUGCACCGUACCUCUUUGCCACAUCCUGCUCAGAUGGAAAAGUGCGCUUCUGGAAGUGCAGCGUCGCGGCAGCAUCGCCCUCGGAAACGACCAAGCUAGGCUACCAUUGGGAGGAGUGGCCGCUGCUCGUGGAGGAGGGACUGGCCAACUGCAGUGCAGUGACCAUCCCGGGACGGCCAAUAGAGAUCAGUUGUUGUCAUAACAGUCGCAUCGCCGUGGCUUACAGGCAGACGCCGAACGCGGCGGUGAACUCCAGCCCGCAGAUGAACUCUCAGCCAUCCUUGAGCAUUCCCCCUACAAUAUCUUCCACUCCUUACAUGAACGCUAAACCCAUCAUCAAGCCCAGCCACGCCACAAACCAAACUCCGAACAUCAUUCCCAACCCCUACUCCACUAGCAACAGGGAAUCGUUAGUCCACAUCAGUGUUUUCCAAUGUGAAUCCACGGGGGGCUCACAGUGGGUCUUUGAGCAGACGCUGGUCCUCGACAGUAACGGCUCCACCGCCCCCCCUCAGAGCAACGGCAGCACAGCGCGGAGCCCCGACGCGGAGCUCUCCCCGCCCACCGAGAACAGCCUCACGUGCACCGGGAAGAACCUAGUGCAUUUGGACUGGGUGUCCCAGGAGGACGGGUCCCACAUCUUAACGGUCGGCAUCGGGACCAAGCUCUACAUGUACGGCCCUCUCUCGGGCACGCCCCCGGAGGUGUGCAUGUCGUCCGACCGGAACCAACACGCGUCCCGCCUGGUGCUGCUGCGGUCCGUGGACCUGGUGUCCUCGGUGGAGGGCUCCCCGCCCAUCCCCGUCUCCCUCUCCUGGGUGCGCGACGGCAUCUUGGUGGUGGGGAUGGACUGCGAGAUGCACGUCUACUCCCAGUGGCAGCCGCCCGCGCCGCCCAGGGCCAUCGCCGCCGCCGGCCCCGAGGACCUGAGCAGCAGCGUGUCCUCGCUCCUCUCGGCCGUGCGGCAAAGCCAGGAGGAGGCGCUGAGUCCAGGGGGAGGCCUGUCCACGCUGGCCCCGCCCAAGAAGGGCCUGACCCGCUCCAUGACGAGCCUGGCGCAGAAGCUGAGCGGGAAGAGGACGGCGUACGACCUCCCCGUGGAGAUGGAGGACUUUGGGCUGUUUGAGGCCGCCCACCAGCUCUUCCCCACCCUGCCCCAGUACCACCCCGUGCAGCUGAUCGAGCUCAUGGAUCUGGGAAAGGUUCACCGGGCCAAGGCCAUUCUGUCUCACCUGGUGAAGUGCAUCGCGGGCGAGGUCGUGACUCUCAAAGACAACGCCAGCCACCUGAACAAACGAGUGCGAUCUCGGACCAUCAGCGCCGGAGGCAGCACGGCCCGGGACAACAAGAUGUUCAUGAAGGGAGAGGGCUCCCCUCCGGACUACACCGAGAUCAACUCCAUCCCCCCCCUGCCUCUCUACGCUCUGUUGGCAGCCGACCAGGACACCCUCCCCAAAACGGUCACCACGGGGAGCGUAGGCGGCGACAGCGGGCACGGGUCCAGUCAGACCGAUGCCUAUGACGAGCUGUUCCACCUGCCCAGCACGGCUGACCUGGAGCCUCUGGACAGUGAUCAAGAGGAGGCCGUGAAUAAGGUGAUCGACCUGUCCCAGUACAGCCCCACGUUCUUCGGACCCGAGCACGCCCAGGUGCUGUCCAACCACCUGAUCCACUCCAGCCUGCCGGGCCUCACCAGCAUGGAGCAGAUGUCCCUCAUGGCGCUGGCCGACACCAUCGCCACCACCAGCACCGACCUGCGGGACAGCCACAACCGCAAAGGUGGAGAGACCCUGGAUGAUUGUGGCCUGAGGUUCCUGCUGGCUGUCAGGCUGCAUACCUUCCUCUCUACCUCUCUUCCUCCUGCACAUAGGGCCCAACUGUUACGGCAAGGCCUGUCCACGUGUCACUUUGCCUGGGCCUUCCACUCGGAGGCGGAGGAGGAGCUGCUGAACAUGCUGCCCGCCCACCAGAGAGGGGAACCCAGCUGGACCGAGCUGCGCUCGAUGGGCCUGGGCUGGUGGCUCCGCAGCACCAACAAGCUGCGACGGUGCAUCGAGAAGGUUGCUAAGGCUUCCUUUCAAAGAAACAACGAUCCCUUGGAUGCUGCCAUUUUCUACCUUGCCAUGAAGAAGAAGGCGGUGGUCUGGGGACUGUACAGGUCUCAGAACAACCCUAAGAUGACAGACUUCUUCAGCAAUAACUUCAACGAGGAUCGGUGGAGGAAGGCGGCAUUGAAGAAUGCCUUCUCUCUGCUGGGGAAGCAGCGGUUCCAACACUCCGCCGCCUUCUUCCUGCUGGCUGGUUCCCUCAAGGAUGCUGUGGAGGUGUGCGUAGAGAAGAUGCAGGACAUACAGCUGGCCCUGGUCAUCUCCAGACUGUACGAGUCUGAGUUCGGGACGGCCCCCACCUACAAAAAGAUCCUCCAGAGGCACAUCUUGGGACAAGACAAACAGAUCGAGGCCCACCCAGACCCAUUCCUCUGCAGCAUGGCCCACUGGGUGCUAGAGGACUACAGCAGCGCCCUGGACACUCUCCUCCAACAGCCUGCUGCCGACCCUGGGAGCCCUGGGACCGCAUCAGAGACCAGCCCCUCCUCCACGUCUCCGUGCAACCCCGAGGUGUUCAACUUCUACACCUACCUCCGCACGCACCCGCUCCUCCUGAGGCGCCACCUGGGCUCCUCGGACAAGGCCAAGGUGGGCCUGACCACGGAGGGCCGCCGGGCGGACUCCAUCAGCCUGGUGGAGCGCCGGCUGUUCUUCACCGCCGCCCACGCUCACCUGCAGGCCGGCUGCCCCAUGCUGGCCCUGGAGGUGCUCUCCAAGAUGCCCAAGGUCCACAAACGCUCGAGCCCGCUCCGACAGGACGGCGGCAGUGGCGGCGGCAGCGCCGGGACCGCCACACCGGCGGGAGCCAGCGACGACGGCAACGGCGGGAAAGACAUGGACUGGUCUCAGCCGGUUUUGAACGGUUACGAGUCGCACGGCGGGAGCCUGUCCAACAGCCGGUCGGAAUCGGUGCUCAGCUUCGACUGGAGUCAGCCGUCGCUGACGCAGCCCGAUGAAGCCCUGGAGAUCAAGUGGGAGAGCGACAAGGAGGACGACGAGGAAGACGUCAGCGAUAAGAGCGGCGCCGCGGGCAACCGCAGCGUGUUCCAGAGCGCACAGGACUCGGCGUCGCCGCUCACAGAGGCGGCGUCGGCGGCGGAGGACGGCGACGACUUCCUGACGCCGUCGGAAGACAUCUCGGCCGCCCAGCUGAAGUUCCACGCCUGUCUGAAGAUCCUGACCAACGAGCUGAGGACUCUGUCCACAGGCUACGAGCUGGACGGGGGGAAGCUGCGCUACCAGCUCUGCCAGUGGCUGGAGAAAGAGGUGGUGGCUCUCCAGCAUUGCUGCAGCUACAGGCCCUGUCUCACAGAGCUGGCCGUCCCAGACGUCCCCGGCUUGGACCCUGGGUCUGGAACAGCAGAAGACCAGCAGGUGGGGAGCCCGUGUGGCCAGAGCCAGCGCAGUCGGCGUCUGUGGCUCCAGACCAACCAGCCCCUGCUCCGGAUGUUCCUGAGCUACUGCAGCCUCCACGGCUCCCACGGUGGAGGGCUGGCCUCCGUACGCAUGGAGCUCAUCCUGCUGCUGCAGGAGUCUCACCAGGACGAGUCCAUCCAAUCGCCCGUGGCCCCCUGCCCGCCACCCGCCUCCAUUCCACUCCUAUUGGCUUGCACAGCCAAUGCCAAGACAGUAGUAGCCAAUCCCAUUGUGCACCUGACCAACCUGGCCCAAGACAUCUUACACACCAUUACCUCCCUGGACUCCCCUCCACACCCGGACGUAGUCAACAACGAGAUUUACGUGAUGCACACCCUGGCUGCAUCGCUGUCGGCCUGCAUUUAUCAAUGUCUCUGUGAUGGACACUACAGUCAAAUGAACCAGUUCACGGGCAUCGUGUACCAGAGUGUGCUGCUGUCUGGGAGGCAGCCCGGGAGGACCGUCAGCAUGGACGAGGCGGUGCAGCCCAACACCACCCCCGCUCAGUGGCCAGGCAUCGCCUCUCUGAUCCGCCUGCUGAACUCGGCCGGGGAGGAGAGCCAGCCGGGUCUGGGCGUGCUGCUCUGUGAGAUCCUCACCGCCGUCUACCUCAGCCUGUUCGUCCACGGCCUCGCCACUCACUCCUGCAACGAGCUGUUCCGCAUCGUGGCGCACCCCCUCAACAGCAGGCUGUGGGUGGCCGUGUUCGGGGGAGGGGUCAAGACCCCCGUCGUCGAGAGGCUCAACGGGCCGCAGGCGUUCUCCCCACCAGAUUCGCCUUCAAAUGACAGCUCAGAAAGGAAGUCGAGGCGCUUCAGGAUGAUGUCGUCGCGCAGCAGCUCCAAGGAAGAGGCGGGGCUACAGAGGGAGGGGUCAGCCAGCCCAGCCAGCCUCCGUUCCCCCUCCGUAGUGGAGCGGGAAGCAGCCUCCAUCUUCAAGGAACGCUUUGUCCCGCCCGACCUCAGCAUUUGGGACUACCUUAUUGCCAAGCCCCACCUCCCGCCGUCUGAGGAGCGGGAGGAGUACGACUCGGAGGACAGUCACAAUAGCCAGGACGAAGAUGACGAUGACGAGGACUAUGAGGACAUCUUCGACCCCAACUCCCCCUUGAGAGAGCACUCCAACAACAACUCCUACAGCUGGUGUCUGAUGCGUCUGGCGAUGGUGCAACUGGUUGUGAUCAACCUAAAGUCCUUCUAUCCCAUGGCCGGACAUGACCUCAUAGAUCUGCCCGUGGGCUCGCCGCUGUGCCACGCGGCGCUGAAGAGCCUGCAGUGCUGGGAGCAGGUGCUGCAGAAGAGGCUGGAGCUCUACGGAGGCCCUCCCUCCAAGUACAUCGUCACCUUCUCCCAGGAGGACACGGCCGCCCCCGGGCCGGCCCUCCUCAGACACAAGGCUCUGUUUGAACCCUCCAACACGCCGUUCAGCUCUGCGCACCACUCUGCACUGCCGGUGAAGCGGCUGUGGCAGUUCCUGGUGAAGCAGGACUACGUCCAGGACACCUUCAUCAGGAACAUCUUCACCAAGAAACGAGGGCCCAACGAGAUGGAGACAGACUCGAGUUCCGCUGUGGGAAAAGCCCGCAUCAUCCACAAAGAGUCUGACAUCAUCACAGCCUUCGCCAUCAAUAAGGCCAAUCGGAACUGUCUGGUCAUGGCGUCGACCCAUGACAUUCAGGAGCUGGACGUGUCUUCCAUCUUGGCGACGCAGAUCCUGACCUGGAUCGAUGAAGAUGUCGAGCCGGAGGCCAAGAAUACGGGCGGAGAUGAUUUCCUCGUGGUCCAGUCCCGUGACGACUUCGGCACGCUCCACGGCACCACGCCGUACACCCACAGUUCCCCCGGCACGCCCAUCAACAUGCCCUGGCUCGGAGGCGUGCAGACGGGCAGGGGGGCCUCCGUGCUGAUCAAAAGAAACAUCAACAACGUGAGGAGGAUGACUUCCCAUCCCACGCUGCCGUACUACCUGACGGGCGCCCAGGACGGCAGCGUGAGGAUGUUUGAGUGGGGCCACUCCCAGCAGAUCAUCUGCUUCAGGAGCCCGGGGAACUCCAGAGUCACCAGGAUACGCUUCAACCACCAAGGGAACAAGUUUGGGAUCGUGGAUGCGGACGGAGGCCUGAGUCUCUGGCAGACCAACACCAGCGGCACGGCGCCCAAGCCCUACUUGACCUUGCAGUGCCACAACAAGACGGCUCAUGACUUUGUGUUCGCCGGCUCGUCCUCCCUCAUUGCCACGGCGGGCCUGUCCGCGGACAAUAGGAACGUCUGUCUCUGGGACACUCUGGUGACGCCCCUCAACAGCCUGGUCCACGCCUUCUACUGCCAUGAGUCGGGGGCCACGGUGCUGGCCAUGGCGUCCCGGCUCCAGCUGCUGAUCACGGGGGGCAGGAAGGGCUUCCUCAGCGUGCUGGAGCUGGCCCACAGGCGCCAGCGCCGCAGCUUCCAGGCCCACGACUCGCCGGUCAAAGCCCUGACCGUGGACCCCAGCGAGAGCUCCUUCGUCAGCGGCUCAGCCGAGGGGAACAUCAAGGUCUGGAGCCUGGCCGACCAGACUCUGCUCCACAACUUCCCCAGCGAGCACGCGCGCCAGUCGCUGUUCCGCAACCUGGGCACGGGCGUCAUGCAGCUGGAGGCGGGGCCCACCAAUCACGUCUUCUCGUGCGGCGCCGACGGCACCAUGAAGAUGAGGGUCCUGCCCGACCGCUACAACAUCGCCGCCAACAAAAAUCACCACGGCAACCUCAGGAGCGACGUCAAGUUCGUCAUAUAGCGCGCGGCCCCGGGGGGGGCCAAUCCCCACGGCUCAUUCCAGCUUCGGGGUUCCGAGGUCGCCCCCGGGCGACUUCCAUUCAGAGUGCUUCGAGG